ACAAUGGCAGGAAGUUGGUGUGUUGUUCAGUCUCUGGCACUUUGUGUUUGGUUCUGUGCUUUCUGCCAUGCCGUUCCAAAGUGGAGUAAUCUGCCCCAAAGUCCUCAAGCUCUGAUGUUCCAGCAAACUGACCAGCGGUUUCAACAGCAAGCUGGUCAACAGUUUCCUCAGCAGUUUCCUCAGUCAGUUCAACGGCAAGCUAAUCAACAGUAUCCUAAGCCAGUUCAACAGCAAGCUGGUCAACAGUAUCCUCAGACAGUUCAACAGCAAGCUAGUCAACAGUUUCCUCAGUCAGUUCAACAGCAAGCUAGUCAACAGUUUUCUAAGCCAGUUCAACAGCAAGCUGGUCAACAGUUUUCUAAGCCAGUUCAACAGCAAGCUGGUCAACAGUAUCCUCAGUCAGCUCAAUGGCAAGCUAGUCAACAGUUUUCUAAGCCAGUUCAACAGCAAGCUAGUCAACAGUUUCCUCAGUCAGUUCAACAGCAAGCUAGUCAACAGUUUCCUCAGUCAGUUCAACAGCAAGCUAGUCAACAGUUUCCUCAGUCAGCUCAAUGGCAAGCUAGUCAACAGUUUUCUAAGCCAGUUCAACAGCAAGCUAGUCAACAGUUUCCUCAGUCAGUUCAACAGCAAGCUAGUCAACAGUUUCCUCAGUCAGUUCAACAGCAAGCUAGUCAACAGUUUCCUCAGUCAGUUCAACAGCAAGCUAGUCAACAGUUUCCUCAGUCAGCUCAAUGGCAAGCUAGUCAACAGUUUUCUAAGCCAGUUCAACAGCAAGCUAGUCAACAGUUUCCUCAGUCAGUUCAACAGCAAGCUAGUCAACAGUUUCCUCAGCAGUUGAAGCCUAAACAGCCAGUGGCACAGGCAGAGCCCCUUGACAAAUGUGCUGUAGCUGAUUAUGAGCAGAUCCAAUGUGGACCACCUGGUAUCAGUGGUGCUGAGUGUGCAGCUAUUAACUGCUGCUUUAACGGACAGCAGUGUUACUAUGGGAAGGCCGUGACUGUCCAGUGUAUAAGAGAUGGUCAGUUUGUGGUAGUGGUGGCUAGAGAUGUCACGCUGCCUCGUUUGAGCCUGGAUUCAGUCCGUCUCCUGGGUGGAAAUGAUCCAGCUUGCAGUCCUGUGGGAUCCACACCUUUCUUUGCUAUAUACCAGUUCCCUGUCACUGCGUGCGGCACGAGCAUGACAGAGGACAGUGGAUAUGUGGUGUAUGAAAACAGAAUGACCUCCUCGUAUGAAGUGGGUAUCGGACCACUUGGUUCCAUCACAAGGGACAGCCAUUUUGAGCUUCUCUUCCAGUGUAGGUACUCUGGUACUUCUGUGGAAGCUCUGGUUGUGGAGGUCAACACUGUUCCUCCACCUCCACCAGUAGCUGCUCCUGGACCCCUCAGGGUGGAGCUUAGACUAGCAAAUGGUAGUGUGUCACCAAAGGCUGUGCAGAAGGGGACGAGGCGUACACUUCCUACUACAGUGAUGCUGAUUAUCCUGUUACAAAAGUCCUGCGGGAGCCUGUGUAUGUUGAGGUGCACGUUUUGGAGAGGACCGACCCCAACAUUGUCCUGAUGCUGGGACAUUGCUGGGCGACAUCAACCCCCAGUCCACUCAGUCUACCCCAAUGGGACCUUCUGGUUGAUGGGUGAGUAAGGCCAGUCUUU